AUGGCUGAGCACUGCUCAGACGACGGCGGUGGCAGUGUGGACGAGCCGCGGCGGCCUCGGCCGCACAUCGAUGAUUUUCCAUCGAACUUGUUCCAUUGCGAGUCGAUCUUGAGCAUGCUAGAUCCCUCAACGGCCUGCAACCUUGUCAGAGUCAAUUCUCGUUUCAACAGUGCGGCAUGCAAGGCGCUGUACGAGGAGCUCUGCGUUCAGGACGACGCCAAUGCCAUAGCCCACCCGAUCUCUGGUACUCGCUAUGACACGUCGUUGCUGCGCCAAUCGGCCGCUUCUUUCAUCGCCAUGAAGGCCAGCUGGCUCCGGCGUGGCCACUUGACCCUCAAGUCUUCGCGCCCCUCGUCGAACGCCUCCCCAAUCUGGAAGCUGUUCUUUGGACCAGCAGAGCACCAUUGCGAAGGACACCUUCGUUGGGAGGCGCCGAGGCUGUCGAGUCUGCACUGCCUCAGGGUCCUUUCCCUCUCCAAGCUCUCCAGUGAUGGCGUUAACCAGCUCCACAUGGUGCUUCAGUUCGCUCCUAUGCUCGAGAAGAUGACCAUCGAGAGUCUCUUCAUCGACGAUGCCCUGCUCGCUCACGUCGGCAAGCUGCGCUACCUGACUAAUUUGACUCUCAGGUCGUCUGGUACAAAGAUUAGCGACAAGGGCAUCCUGUCCCUCCUGGAAGGUUGCGCUUCGCUCCGCAGCUUGAUGCUGACCGAGGUCGAAGGCAGGUUAACAAAAGGCCUUUGGAGCAAAGUUCCUACCUUGCCGUCCAGCUUUCAUACUCUCAAGGUGGCCUUCAGUGAAAACGGUUCGCACCACUCUUGGACAACGGACCACCUUUCGAGCCUCUUUGACAUACUUUCUAUGAGACUCAUUACAAAACCCGACCUCAUACCAGUGAGCUUGCCAAACCUGCAGCAUUCCGACGAUCAAAGCCAGAUGAUGGACAUGUUCUUCUUGACUCCGGACGAGCUUCAGCUGAUCCUGUCGUCUUGCAAAAGGCUACAGCAUCUGCGCAUCUGCCUCGAUGCGCCCAUUUCUAAGCUGCUCGCCAUGUCAUCGGCUUUUGUGAGACUACCCCACCUCGAGACACUUGCCUUCAGCAUCACGGAGCAGCACUGCCCGAGCUCACUGCCUUUGCUGAGGAUCGGUGGACCAGUCCUAGCACAACCCUUGUCACGCAUUCACGAAAGGCCGAUCUCUCGGCCAGAUGCAACAGUGCCAGAGCUCUCGCCCUCUUCGACAGAGGCAUCAGGCGAGACCGAAUUGGCAACGCCGGUCGCGUCCACCAAGACCGAGGAAGCUUUGACGCACCGGCGAAGGCGUUCUUCGAUAUCAACCGUUAAGAGCGACGCCCCAUGCCUGGGACUGGGGCUCAGCAUACCCACCAGCCUCUUUAACACAGAAACUGUCGUUCAGGUCGAUGUACAGACAGCGAAUGGCAGUUUGACGUCCCACGAAGCCACAAUUCCCCCGACCCGUGAAAUCAGGAAAAACGGCAAGGGGGAAUGGCAGAUUACAGGAAAUGGCGCCACGGCCAAGAUCAACUUUGUCCCCUUCCACCAGGUCGAUGACUACGCAUCUGAGCUGUUGACGCUCGACAGCGGUGCCGACGUAGAGGAAGCUCUCAUUGCAAGGCGCACCUCGAGUUUUGGGUCGCUCAAGGACCCGUCGACCGCGGAAGCUCUUACUGUCUUUCCGUCGGACCCUUUCGAAGAGGUCACCGUUGGAUCUCCCACGCUUGUCCAGCAGCUACAGCAAAGGAAGAGGUCAAAUACUGUAGACGGUGGCGCAGCGCUAAGGGCUUCCAUCACCCGACCGCGAAGCAGCACACUUGGUACGCAGGCGGCGGUCCCCCAGCUCCACAAAUCAGCUUCAUCUCGAAGAGCACCCAUCUUGACGCAACUCAAAAAGACGCCCGUCCCGGAGAACGCAUGGGGUACGAGACUGAGUAGUGGCCCGGCUCUGGCCGCAAGCAGCAGCAAUGAAGGAACGAAGCCUGCGAAAUCGCCUUCUUCCCCUAUCGCCACAGCGAAGAAGGCCAGUCUUGUGAUCAACACAGGAUCCAACAGCAAGCCUGGGGGACGAGCAAUGACGAGACUGAGAGGCCCAGACGAUGGCUACAGUGGGCCCACGGUGAUCAUCGGACACGGUAAACCUUCGACAGGAAAGUCGAGCAAGAAGAAGCAUAAACAGGGGUCUUCGUCUCCGAAUUCGACCAAGGGCGACAUGACCUCAUCGCCUUUGACGCCUAAGCACGGAAAGGAUGUACUACCCAGCCCUUCGAGUUCGACCAGGAAUCACAAAGGGCUGCAGCAGCAGCAACAGCAAAAGAUGCUCAAGAAAGAUGGCGCCAAGGGCUCCGGCCAGGGCGUGAACACCAACGGCGCAAGGCGCUGAGGAGGAAUAAUGGGGUUUCAGAGACGAAGAAAGCAACAUCACCUCUCAUGACAGCGCGACAACGAGUCAACGAAGAAAGGACGACUUGCGCGCAAAAUCCGUCGUCAUCUCCACGACUACUAGUGACUGAACAACACUUGUGAAAUCAAAGUCAUCAGAAAAUUCUUCCCAGGGUGAUGCGUUUGAUUGCAAAAGCUUUGCUGCGUUUAUGUGACUGCUACCGAAUCUCGAUGCCGAGUUCUUCAAUGAGGCGCUUCGUCACCUUUUCGUGCAUUGCGUUGACCUCGUCAUUUUCCAGAUUGCUGAUCGCAAUCAUUAGCCCUUGUGGUUCGUCACAGAUGCAAUGAAGUGCUACUCACCGG